AUGAGGCCUGCAAUUCGAGAAGAAGAACAAGAGACGAAGAUGGAGGAGGACGGUCAACCCCCAACGAAGUACAUGGACCCAAGUAUGUACAAAGCCGCCAAAGAAGGCAACUUCACUGCCCUCGAAAACUCGAUCCGGAAAUAUGGAGAAGACGAACCCCAGCUAGACCUCCUCAAACUAGAGACCCGCAAGGGCAACAAUCUCGUCCACCUCGCGGCGGAGUCGGGCCACGAGGACUUCAUCAAGCAGGUCCUCCGCAAGUGCCCCCAGCUCGUGGCCAAGCCCAACAACUCCUGCCGCCAGUGCGCCCAGCUCGUGGACAAGCCUAACAACUCCUGUCGCGGCGCGGACACGCCGCUGCACAUCGCAGCGCGGACACGCCACUUCAAAGUUAUGGAGACCAUCCUCUCCGAGGCCAAGCUACGGGAGGGGAAGGCCACCACCGAGACGCCAUGCACACAGAAGAUGAAAGAGAUGGAGAAUGGGGAUGGGGAUGUUACUGUGGAAGAGGAUGAAGAGAUGGUGGGGAGCGUCAACAAGGCCGGCGAGAGCGCAUUGUAUGUGGCGGCUGAGUUAGGGUUUGAGAAAGUGGUAAAGGAGAUGGUGAAGUUCUUGGAGAGCGGCAGGCAACGUGAAGAAGGUGUUCGGGAUCGCGCUUUGAGGGGCCCGGAAGGCCAAAACCCCUUGCACGCUGCUGUUCUUGCUGGAAGUAGGAAUUGCGUGGAAGCUCUCAUAAAUCUCCAAGGAUCGGAUAUGAUCAACAAGGCCGACGACAACGGAAGAACAGCCCUGCAUUUCGCAGCGAAAGCCGGAGAGAAAGACAUCGCCACCCGCCUCCUCCUAACCGACCCUUCCUCGGCCUACACCAAGGAACGCACCCAUGGCCGAACCCCACUGCUCGAAGCCACCUCGUCGGGCCAUCUCCACGUCCUGGGAGAGAUCCUCGAGCACUGCCCCGACACGGUCGAGGUCGCUGACGACGAGGGCCGGAACGUGGUUCACCUCGCGCUGAAGUGCGGGCCGAAACACUCUAAGGCGGUGCUAAGAUUGCCCGAGCUGGUGAGGCUGGUGAACGAGGCCGACCGCUUUGGGAACACGCCGCUGCACGUGGCGGCUGGGGACCUGAACUACAGAAUGGUGAAGAGGUUGCUGAAGAUUCCUGGGGUGGAUCUGAGGGCCAAGAACGACGAGGGCUGCACAUUUCUCGAUAUUUGUGAGUCUGAGUGGCAAUACACGAAGAGGAAGGACUACCUUUACCGAUACCUGAAGUCCAUCCGGGCUGGCCGAAAGCCUCAGAGCUGGAACCACCCCGCCGGCGAACCCACCUUCCUCGACAAGCCCGAAGCCAACCUCAAGGGCCACGCCAAUGCCCUCUGCGUCGUCGCCACCCUCCUUGCUACCAUCACUUUUGCCGCCGCCUUCACAUUGCCUGGUGGUUUGACGCCUGAAGAUAUUGACGCUCUUCCACCGCUGCCAUCCCCCUUAUGCAACUUCCAUGACUCCCUCAGCAACCACCUCCGGCGAAAUUAA